ACCGCCUUACUUGGAAAGGGGGGGGGGCUUUGUAGUGCCAUAAGAAGGCUCUUCAUCAUGGAGGUAUCAGGGGUCAACAUGCCCACUGCACUGCUGGGACUCCAGAUCCAGGGAAGCUGACCAUCAAGUGAGGCGGCCAUGCCCACAUCACCUCAGCAUCCUUCCGCCCGUCUGUCACACUAAUCCAGGGGGAUGUUACAGAAUUACCCUCAUUAGUGCAAGCAGAGAAGAGGAGGAGAUGCCCGGGGGAAGGCAAGAUUGCGCAAUGGUGGCCACCGAGGAAUCAAGGCCGGUGGGCACAAGGCAGCCUUGAUCUCCUCUCGGCCUUGCAGGGGUCACGAACAAGGCCCCUUCAGGGUAGGCGGCCAACCCAGAAGGGCCAGUGGACCCACUGGUUCUGCCAGAAACUGGACCUCUGGCAAUUCUUCCCCCAAACUUCACAGAACACACUUGGGAGACACAAGGCUUCCUUGGCAACUCUACCUGACAUGCGCAGGCAAAGCGCACAAUGUGCCAUCUUCCUGGCAGCCCCAGUCUGGGCACUGGAAGAGGCAGCCCUCCAGGGAUAUUGCCUGCUUUUGGGAAGGGGAGGGAGCACCGGGGAGAUGGAAGCCUCCAGGGAGAGCAACACACCCCCCCCCCGGGGAGGGGAAGGCAUGGUCAAACGGGUGGCAGAGCAGGAGGGGAAGCCCCCUCCAAUCUCCACCUGGGCUUUCCCCCCUGGACCUCCGGCAAGCCGGCAGGAGCCACAGGCCAGCGGACGCUCCCGCCUGCGCCUGGAGGAGCGCCUUCCCCGGCUUCUCCCCCGCCCCCGACAGACACUUUCUCCUGGGAGUGGCCUUCGGGCCAGGGUCCUCUGCCUCUGCCCCUCCCUCCCAGCUCUCGCUUAGACUUUUGCCCUGGGGCAAACGGCGUUUAUGGCUGCGCGGAAGUUAAUCUAUAAUCGGCCGGGCAACCAGCGAGGCAGGACCUGUUAGUCAGCUGCCUGGUCGGAGGCAAUUUGCGAGCAGGAUCGACCUGCCCCGCUCAGCGGGUGGAUCCCAGUCCUGGGGAGGCAUGACGGGCAGCUCAGCUCUGCGGAGCACAUGACCGCCGGCAGGUGCUUCUGCAGGCCGGCGCGGCCCCAGUUCCUUGACCGCUCCGGCCAUGCGGAGGAAGCCCGGAGGAAGCUGGCCAAGUUCAGCCCGGGCAGCGUUGUAGGAAAGGGGGGAAAGCCGCGUCUGAAAGGACUGCCAAGAGAAGCAGACGCUGGAGUUGACUUCGCCGCCGCCGCCACUCAGCAGCCAAUCUGCAGGACAUCUUUUAUUUCCCUACACAACGUCCCUGAAAGCUCUCUCCGCGCAGCGCCUGUCCGCAGCCCCGCAGCCGAGCGCACCGGAGGCGUCCGCGGCAGCAUCUCCAGGCACUCCGGGGGUCGCCCCGCCGCCGCCGCCGCCGCUGCUGCGGCCGCCGUCCUCCCACCAUGGGCCUCCGGGAGUCGCCGUACUCCAGCCGCAUCCUGGGGGGUCUGGACACCAUCAUGAGGGCCCUGCUGUUCCCCGGCUACUGGCUGACCAGCGAGGUGCUAGCUCUGCAGCAGACCACGGGGGAGCAGCCCGGCUGCGUGCCCCACGCCUUGGAAGUGGCAGUCCGGGGGCCGCCGCUGCUGCUGCUGCUGCUGCUCUACAGUCCCAUCGCCCUCUUGGCCUUCCUGCUCUGGCUGCCCCUGCAGGGCGCCCGGCGCCCCUUCGCCUACCAGCACACGCCCGGCCGAGAUUCUCCCGAGUUGUGGGCACUGCCUGGCCCGGCCAGGACCCUCAGCCUCCUCAGUGCGAACGUCUGCCUGCUCCCUGAGGGGCUGGCCAAGUUCAGCAACCUCUGGCGGACCCAGUGGCGGGCCAGCCACCUCUGCCAGCUUCUGACGCAGGCGGCACAGUGCUCCAGCCCUGCCCCCGCUGGGGGCCCCAAUGGGCUGGGAAGUCCACACGGGCUGCCGGGCCCCCCUGCCGGUCUCCUGAGCCACCCCCCAGGCGAUGCUGUGGUAACCAUGGAGCCGCCCCUCAUGGAGGAGGUGGGGGCCCUGGCAGCAGAGGCCAACGGGCCCCGGGAGAUCUCCGCCUGCUUCCCUCCGAAUAUGGACAUUGUGUGCCUGCAGGAGGUCUUUGACCCCCGGGCCUCUGCCCGCCUGUGCCGGUUCCUCGGGCCCCAAUAUGAACACAUCAUCUAUGACGUGGGCACCUACGGCCUCCCUGUCGGCCCUGCUCCGAAGCUGCUGAACAGCGGGCUCUUCCUGGCCAGCCGCUACCCUCUCUUGGCCGUGGAGUUCCACUGUUACUCCAACGGCAGAGGUGAGGAUGCCAUGGCUGCGAAGGGCCUGCUGUGCGCACAGGUGCAGCUGGGAGCUUGUCAAGGGCGAAGGGUCAUUGGAUACCUGAACUGCACCCACCUGCAGGCCCCCGAAGCCGACGGGCCCAUCCGGUGCCAGCAGCUGAGCCUCUGCCUGCUCUGGAUGCAGCUCUUCCAGGACAGCCACGCGCAGCCGGGGGACGUGGUAGCCUUCGACAUCUUCUGUGGGGACCUCAAUUUCGACACCUGCUCUCCAGGUGAUGGGAUGGAACAAAGCCACGAGAUCUUCAACUGGUACACGGACCCCUGUCGCAUCGGACCUCGCAAGGACCAUCCUUGGGCCAUCGGGACGCUGUUGAACAUGCUGCGCAUCUACGACGAGGCUGUGGCCACCCCAGGGAACCUGAAGAGGACCCUGGAGAAUCCGGAGGAGCGCAGGAAGUACCUGGCACGCCCCCUCCAGGCUGAUGGCAGCACCAACCUCUUGACAACCUGCCACGAAGGGCGGCGCGUUGACUAUACUCUUUACCGGCAACAUGCGGGCCCGGUGCCCUUGAAGACCGUGAGUGGCCCGAGAGCCUGUGGUCAGCUGAGGAAGCCGGACAGGCCUUCCUGCUGGGCCAAAAUGGCUGGAGAAAGGUCCCCAGAGUGGGAAUACUGGGUUGAAGGAACUGGUCGGGAGUCGGGCGGCGGAGGUGGGGGUGGUGGGUAACUGGGGGCUGCCAAGGAGGGCUGGAUCCACGGCCUCCCAGGGUUCAUGCCAAAUGAGAAGCCCCUGGAACUGCCACCCCAUCUGGGCACGCAAUGCCCCACUGCGUGCCUCUAGACCAGGCGAGCCCCUACAGCGCUCGGAGGGCGGAAGGAAAAGGAAGGGCGGAAAGCAGGGGAGAGAAGAGGGUGUGCAGAGGUGGACCCCGGGACCGUAAGCCGGGCCACUGCGGGGAGCAGGGCCUGGCAAGGCUGCCCCACCGAGGGGCCUCCCUGCCCAGAAUUGGCACCGACUUUCAGCGUCUGACUCCUGCGGUUUGUGGCGGGCAGAGCCUGGCAAGGAGCAGAAUGCCCAGGUUCUUGCCAGCCCUUCAGUGCCCACAAGCAGCCUUGCGAGAACCUCCUGCGGAAACGGGCCCAGGUGGCUUCCUGGAGUUGUUCUGCUCUGCUUGCCUUGCGGUUCUCCGGGCACCUUGCAAGACACAAAAGUUGCCUCCCUGUGCAGAGCACCAAUUCUCGGGGGCCGGGGGGCACCCUUUUCCUUUGCCCUCUUUGUGUGCUCGAGAGUUGCUUUCUCUGUGGGUCCCAGGACGCCCCUGUAGCCCACUCGCUCUGGGGGACAUUUGCACCAUGGACAGAGGAGCCGUCCUCCCUCCCUCCCUCCCUCCCACCUGAGCCAGGGUAACGCUGAGCACCAGUUCAACAGAGUAACCCGCCUCCCACACCAGGCAGCGUUUGCCGGUACCUUGGAGGAUCUUUCCUUGCCCAGAGGCCCCCGGUCUGCCAGUGGACCCAGCUGGGCUCAGCACUUCCCGGGGGGCUCUUCAGACCACAUGCUCCCACUGACCCAGCCCAGGACAGGAGGGGGUUGCCUGGCAUCUGCUGGAUGUCCAGUUCUGCUCCUCCCGGGAUAUUUUGGUUGCCGGGCUUGACCUGGCCAAAGACCUGCAUGGGUGGGAACAGAGGGCCAGGAAUCCAGCCCCCCCCCCAAGCCUGGCCAGUCUCCUUGCUAAGAGAGGUAAGGUGGCUGUGGCCGAACACUCAUUUAUGCCAACCUGAAUCGGGUGGGCUGUGAGGAAGAGGCCCCCUGCCCCCUUCAUGAGGAUGGGUCCAGGUAGCUGGUUCUCGUGGGCCAGUCUUUGCCCUGCAGUGAAGAAAGUGUUGUGCCAGACACGCCUGGCAUUUCCUUGGCAGCACAAUUAAGCUCCCUCAUCGCUAUGACUUCCUGCCCCAGGAAAGCCUCUUCCGGGUGACUGCAGGUGCAGCAAUAUUUGCAUUUCCUGGUCCUCCACCUGUGGUCAGCCAGGUGCUCUCUUGGUGGAUCUGGUCUUUGGGGUUUGGGCAAUCAGAUCCGUGACCCCCCCUGAGCCAAGGGGAGGUUGGCAUCUCCUGUGAACUCCCAAAUGGGCAUUUUGAUACAGGUAGUAAACCUGGUCAAAGUUUGCCCUAAACAAGAAUGUCCCCACGGCCUGCAGAGCCUCCCAGCAACUCUGCCAGCUUCCCUCCAUCCCCACGACCAAGACAAUGAAUGCUAGCUAGUUCUCACCAUCCCCUCAACCUCCACAAGCCCUGGGGAGGGGCUGGAAGGGACAGAAAUGGGUGGGGGGUCUCCAUAAUAGCAGUGAUCCCUCCUGGGCAGAUUUCCCCUCCUUCCAGAAGGAGGAGAAAAAAAGCAGGAAGCCCCUUCCCCACCAUGGUCUUUCCCCUUUCAAAGGACUCCCUGGAAGGUGCCAAGGAGAGUGGGAAGGGGGGGGGUCACUGGGGAACAGCUGCAGGGGAAUUGGGGGGCUGCUGAGGUUCCAGCCAGGGCAGCUGGGGAAACUGGUAGGGCUGGUGAAUGUUAGGAGUAGGUGGUGCCAGAGGGCUGCAAACAGAGGGCUCUGGAGAUGAAUGGAAGGUGCCUCCACGUGCCGAAUCUGCCCUGAGCAGAAGGUUGGUUCAGGCGGCCUUCAAUCCUAAAAUUAUUCAGGAUUAGGGGCCAAAUCUUUCCCCAGACUCUCCGCUCUCGGCCCCUUCCUGGGCCCAUUGUUCUGCUGCUCUCAGCCCUUCCUGUCUCGUGUCCCCUCUUGGCUUUCAGACGGUGGAGAAAGUCUCCUUUUUCACCCAGCUGGCCACCUGCUCGGACCACUUGCCUGUCGGACUGCAACUCCUGGUAUCCUCGGAGGUGGAACCGGAAGAGUGACCAGGCGUGGAAGGACCCACUGUGACCUGCAGCUGGACCAAAGUCCUUGAUCCAGGGAUGGGAAGCCGUCUGUCCAGGGCCUCUCCCUGCUGGAGAGAGGGAGCAGUUACUCCUUCAAAGCCAAGCUGGGCACUCUGGGAUGGCCGAGGGGCUGGUGUGGGAGGCCUUCAAGGUUGCAGGCACCAGAGCGGUCACCUACUCCAGGCUCCGAACUCAGCAGAGGAUGGGAGAUAGUGUGACACUGGUCAACGGGGGCCAUCAAGGUGACACCGGCAUUCUCUGCCCAAAUGCCUGGACCUCUUGGUCAGCCUCUCCUCUCGGUCCUCCUAGGAAGGGCUGCAUGAAAACAGCCGAGACUGACAUGAGGUCAGGCUGGGGGUGGACAUGUGGGGGGGAGUGGACGAUGGCCCUGUGGCCUGGUCUGCAUCUGGGUGAAGUUGGCUACGAAGGGCCGGUGCAGACUUUGGGCUGGGGAAUUGGUAACCCUUCCCCCCCCCAUCAAAUCAAGUGCAACUUGACUUUCGUAACUAUUUAGCCAAAUGUCAGCCUCCCAAGAUAAAAAUCUCACCACAGAGAUUACACAUCCUGCAUCAGGCACGUAUAGAACUGAAUGUUUCAGCAAAACCUGAAUUGUUUCCAAGAAACCGAAGGGCCUCAAACGUUAAUAGUUUACUGUGUUUGAGCAGACCAUUUCUGGGGUGUUCUUAAUUGUGGCACUCUUAAGGCCUGUGGGCACCCUUUGCCAUCCUGAGCUCUCAGGGCCCCAAAGCUUUAAGAUUUCAGCGGGGGGAGGAGGCGGGAUGGGUGGCCCUGCUGGACAGAAGUCCCCCCCCCCGUCCUUUGUGUGCAGGAAGGCGCUUCCUGGUGCUGUUUGUUCAAUCUCUUGAGUAAACAUCUUUGCAACCGGGUGGCACAAAAGGCUGAUCUCCUCUGGGAUCUCAGGGUGCAGCAUCCAAGUCAAGAAGGGCCUGGUGCUGGGGGGGGGGAGGGGGCCUUGUCCACUCUCACUCUAUGGACAGCCUGCAGGGCUCGAUACAGACCCCGCUGCCCCCGGGUCACGCAAGCCAAGCACAGACAGGGACCAGAGAGGGAAGAUGCAAAGUUUCGACAGAAACGACACAUGGGUGCCUCCUCAGAUACUGUAGGCACUUUCUUUCUUUUGCUUAGCUUAGCUUCACUUUGCUUGGUUUUUGUGGGUUUUUUGGCAGUCUGAGCACUGCUCCCUUUUUCUUCGCGCCCGACUGGAUCUCUCCUACGUUGUCGUUUCCCCCCUGAAACCCACAGUCCAGGAGUUGCAGGAGCUGAACCAAAAGGACCAACUGCUGCUCUGAUGGGUUGGCCCUGAAUUCGCAGCUGGAAAAGAGGGGGGGCAGGAGCCCCGGAGUCCCGCCUGCUCUCAAGGCCCCCUUCUGCGCUGCAAUGAUUUUGCCCCUGCCAGGCGCCGGUUGGCAGAAGAAUUAAAGUUCGGAAAGGGGAGACAGGAGAGGUGCAGAGAAGGAGCCCGUGAGCCUAAAACACCUGCGCACAGCACUAUAGCCGGACAGGUGAACCUCAGCGGGGGGCAAAAUUGACUCGAGCCGAACUCUUCUUCCAGCAGGCAGGCUCCCCUGCUCCUUCUCCUGUGGGACCCCAAAGCCCAGGGAGGAGGGGGCUGACCUCUCUCUCUCUCACACACACACACACACACAAACCCCUUUGCUGCAGGUUCCGACAGACAAGCCUUGAGGCCGAUGCAAGUUGGAAGAACAGCCGGUGCAACUUAAGCAGAGCGGUUAUAGGAUUAGUAAUUUUUUUUAAAAAAAGGCAAUAUCUUCCCUAUCAAGAAAGCUGGGAAGCAAUCGCCAGCCUCAGUGUUGGGAUGUUUAUAUUUAGUGGCCGGAGCAGUAAAGAGUGCCCUGGUCAGAACACACAGUGGCAGUUGAUUGGUUGGAGAGGGCUGGCUCCUGAGCAAGGCAAUCUGCGCUGUGAUUGGCUGCUGUGGGGGUAGUUCCCCCCCCCCAGCCUUUUCCCCUUCUGUGUGCUCUGUACGAUGUUCUGUGAUUUACCUGACGAUUUAUUUGUGGUGUAAGGAUGUACCUGACUACCUUGUCUGCUGUCAAUAUAGAUGUAAAAUAUAUUUAUUUAUAAAAAAAACCCUA